UGCUAAUUUGAUCCGUCGGAUAUAACUGAUGAGAAUCUAAACGGUUCCUAGACAGAUAUAAACAAUAUUAUAAGCCGGUGUCUAAAGUACUUGUUAUUUAAGUGCCAAAACGUAAAGAGAAGCACUUUUAAACAUUCACUCUUGUCUUUUGCUACGUACCUGUCUAAGAAACGCUACACAUAAAAAUACCAUGUGAAGGAUUAUUUACUUCGCUGGGCACCUCCCUGGAAAAGAAAAGAAAUGGCGACCGAUUUCUGCUUUACUAAUGCUAAUGAAGCCGGAUCAUCAGAGGGGAGCGACAUGUGCGAGUGGUUUUGACCGACUUGGGAGUCCGUGAGAAACAAGCACUUUUUCGCCGGUGCUGGAAGCGUCGUGGACAGCAUCUCUGGAGUUCCGGCAUGGAUGCAUCGGAGCCGGUUUUGAAUCCCCGCAUCUGCGCUGAAAGUCAAGUGAACUGCGACGAACAACAUGGCAUUACUGUGGACCCCAAGGAGCCGCACUUCUGUGGGAGGUGCAGGCAGAGUCUUCCGGAAGGCUCACUUCUUUCCUCCCAUCAAUGUCCAGCCCCAGUGUUGAUGGCUCAGGGGGGCGGUCUUGGGGAGGCAGGCCGGCCAGGCUACAUGUGCCCGCUGUGCAAGCGCACAUUCAGUCUGGCAGGAGCUCUGAAGCAGCACUUUCGGAUGCACCAUGGCGAGCCUGGGGAGCCGGCGCUCUGUCCAGAGCCAGGGUGCUCAUUCAGCAGCAAGGACCGGCGCGCGUAUCAGCGGCAUCUGAGCAGGGUGCAUGCACUGCAGCCCGUGCUCUGUCCCCAGCGCUUCUGCCGCAAGGCAUUCCGUACGGAGACUGAAAUGGAGCAGCACCGACGGACGCACUUCCCUUUUCAUUGUGCCCACUGCCCCUUUGUCACCACAAGUGCCAGACAGCUGAACGAGCACUGUCACGAGCACCGGAGUCCAUCAGGGGACUGGGAAGGAGAAAAGGGAGGGAUGGAACCAAAGCAGCCUGAGAAGGAAGAUGAGCCUCAUCAAAAGUCUAAAAGAGGCAGUGAAGUGCAGCCAAUGGAUCAGGCAGCUCACAUGGACAAGCCCAAGGAUCGCUGCUUUAAAAGUCAUGUAGCCGAGGGCACGGAGCACCUCUACCGCACCCACAUGUGCCCCGAGUGCCGCCGCUGCUUCAAAAAGCGCACGCACCUCCUGGAGCACCUGCACCUACACUUCCCCGACCCUGGCCUGCAGUGUCCCACCUGUCGGCACCACUUCACCAGUAAGAGCAAGCUGCGCAUCCACUUGCUGCGGGAGUCUGGCCAGAAGCCCCACCGCUGCCACCUGUGCACGUAUGGUGCUGUCGAGCGCAACUCCCUGCACCGCCACUUGGCCAGCGUCCACGGCGGAGAGGGCGGAGCAGCCCCUUCGGACCCCUACCCUUGCCCCACCUGCGGAGAAGUCUUUCUGCAGAGCCAGGCCCUCAAGGCCCACAUGAAAGCACACCGGGCCCUGCCAGCGGGCCGGCAGCCCCUGGCCUGUUUCCAGGAGGGCUGCCCCUUCCGUGGUGCUGACAGGAGGGCGCUGCAGAGGCACGUGCGGGAGAAACACGGCGUGGAGGCAGUAGAGUGCCGGUAUCAUACCUGCGGCGCCUUCUUUGGCAGCCAAGAGGACAUGGAGGCUCAUCGGCGCACCCACCUGGCCUUUCACUGCCCGCACUGCACCUUCUCCAGCUCCAACAAGAGCAGCUUCCAGCGGCAUAAGCGGCAGGGCCACGCUGGGCCAGCAGAGCUGCACUGUGCCUUCUGCCCCUUCACCACCUUCAACCCCGUGGAGUUCGCCGAGCACAUGGGACGCCUACACGCCAAUGAGAAAACUCACCGCUGCCCUCAGUGUGAGUUUGUCACAGCGCACAAGCGUGUGCUGGGGAGGCACAUGCUGCUGCACACCGGCGAAAAGCCCCACAAGUGUAAGCUGUGUGACUUCCGGUGCCGGGAUGAGACCUACUUGUCAAAGCACAUGCUGACCCACUCCAGUGACAAGAACCAUAUGUGUUCCGAGUGUGGCUACGUGACCAAGUGGAAGCACUACCUGAAUGUGCACAUGCGCAAGCAUGCUGGUGACCUCAGGUACCAGUGUGACCAGUGUUCAUACCGCUGCCACCGCUCUGACCAGCUGAAUAGCCACAAGCUCAGGCACCAGGACAAGUCGCUGAUCUGUGAGGUAUGCGCCUUCUCCUGCAAGCGGAAGUACGAGCUGCGCCGGCACAUGCAGCUGAAGCAUAGCGGUGGGGAGCAGCAGGUACCACUCUUCCAGUGCAGGUACUGUCCAUAUAGCACACGCUACAGGCAGGCACUGCACAACCAUGAGAAUUGCAGGCACACACGGCACCGCGAGUUCCGCUGCGCGCUCUGCCCCUAUGUCACCUUCAGCAGCACCAGCCUCUUCUUGCAUAAGAGGAAGGUGCAUGGCUACAUGCCCGGGGACAAGGUAUGGCUGGAGUACUACGCUAAGAAGGAACGUGAGCGAGGUGGCGCCACUAGGGGCUUCCUGGAGAAAUGGGAUGAGGUUACGGCGAGGGACCAGCAGGUGCCCUCUGAGGCAGGGGAAGCUCCCAGCCAAUUGGAGGGCAGCUUGCAGAUCAUGGGUGGGAGCGGUGAAAACGAAAUGACUGCAGAUGCCACUACGUUCGCGGAUCAGGAAUCUGAAACGGUCACAAAGGGAACUGACUCGGAAAACAGGGUUGGCACUAACAUCAGCAGUUCUGAGGUGGCUGCCACUGAUGGCAACAAUGGAGAAUGUUGCCUGUUGGUUUUGACCUCCAUAGUUCAACCUGAAAGCAUGCCUGACACCUGCAUACCAGGAGACGUUGAGAGCGGGGGUAUAUCAAGUUGGGAGAUGCAGCUUGAUCUUAAAGCAUUUCCAGCUGAAGGGGGGAGUCCCAUGUGUCCUUCCCAAAGACAGAGUGAAGAUGACCAAGAGAGGGUGCUGAUAGGGGACAGCGAAGGCCAGAGUGAUAGAGAGAAGUCAUCGAUCCCUGAAGCCAAUGCGUCUGAGCAAAUGGAUGGUGCCGGAGUGGAGUCUUCCUGCUCCGAGUCCCACUUCACGGUCCAGCGGAGGCAGGACAAGGAGCAGGCGGAAGCACUGGUGCUGGAGGGCCACGUGCAGAUGCUGGUGGUGGAGGCCAAAGCCCGGGUGCACCGGUGUGACUUCUGUGCCUUUGCCACAUACACAGAAGCCGCCCUGGCACAGCACCGCCGUGUGUCCUGCAGAGCCAGGAGAACAGUGCUGAGGUGUAAGGAAUGUGGAGCGAUCUACAAACAGCAGCGUGGCCUGGACACCCACCGACUCAGGAAAUGUCCUGUGCUCCUAAAAAUGGGCAGGAGGUUCCCCGUCUCGGCAGGAGCCAGACAGCCAGGGGUUUCUGACCAACAGUCCCAGGAUCAAAGGAAAGUGGAUCAUCCUGUAACUGGGGCAGAGGACAGAGGAAUGGGGCCACUUUCUGAAGAAGCAGUCACUGAGGCGUCAGAGGGACCCAAGAGACAAGACAUGGAGAGCAGCAUAGCAGACAUCCACAUAGACACCCCUGAACAUGAAAUAGACUCGAACAUGGGCGAGACACAUGCAGCGGGAAAACAGGAUAUGGAUCUUGGAGAGACAGACUCUGUACCUCUCCCCUCAGGGACAGUGGAAGGGCAGGGAUAUAGUAAAGCGGCUCCUCAAACUAGAAGCUCUGAGGAGAAUGAGGGUGGGGUGGCAGGAGAGGGAAGCACUGAAGAGCAGGACAGCAGGAAGAUAAUGGAGAGGAUGGGCCUCCGCUUCUUCUGCCCUAGCUGCCCAUUUGCGUGCCAUCAGGAGCGAGCGCUCAACACUCACCGCCGGCGAGGCUGCCUUAAGCCCGGUGAUAUUCAGUGCCAGAGCUGUUCCUUUGUGGCCAGAUCACGUGAAUCCCUGGAGCGCCACAUUCUGAUCCAUCCAGGCCAGCGGCUUUCCUCGGCACUGCAGUGCCGGAAGGCCUUGCUCCAGUGCAAGCUAUGCCCAUUCACCUGCAAGCAGGCACGCUGUAUGACGCAGCAUAUGUCCCUGAAGCACGAGGGCAUGCGCCCCCACCGCUGCCGCUUCUGUGCCUUCAGCACCACACGCCGUUACCGCCUGGAUGCCCACGAGUCAUUGCACACGGGUGUCGGUCGCCUGGCCUGUCGGCUCUGCAACCACACCUUUGGUACCGCCUCCAAGCUGCAGCUACACCAGCAGCGGGUUCAUGACCGGCAACCCACCCACUUCUGCACGCUCUGUGACUACGGUGGCUACAGCUCCAACGAUGUGGCCCGCCACAAUCUCAGCUGCCACACGGGAGAGCUGAAGUACGCCUGUGACCUCUGUGCCGCCCGCUUCAGCUCCAACGCAGCCCUUAAGCAGCACUGCCGUCGCCGACACCGGGAUCCCGGCAGCCAGCCUUGCCCUCGAUGUGACUUCAUGGGCCGCAGCCGGGCCACCCUUGUGGCUCACCUGCGGCAGCAGCACCCGCGGCUGGAGUGCGCCCCCUGCGGCACCGAGUUCCUGAGCCGCGAGGCUCUGGCGGAGCACCGCAGAACUCACCUGACCCAGCGCUGCCCAGCGUGCCCCUUUGCAGCACGCGGGAGGCAGCUGCUCGCGCAGCACCUGCUGGACGAGCAUGAGGACGGCUCCCCGGAGGACAAGCCGCUAAAGUGUGCUGCAUGUGACUUCACCUGCCGUCACCAGUUGGUGUUUGAGCAGCAUGUACGCUCGCAUGGCGGCACCCGCCUGUACCGCUGCACCAACUGCCAGUACUCCACCCGCAACCGCCAGAAGAUCACCUGGCACAUCCGCAUCCACACGGGCGAGAAGCCAUAUCGCUGUGAGCAGUGCGGCUACACCUGCGCUGACCCCUCUCGGCUCAAGUACCACAUGCGGAUUCACCAGGAUGAGCGCAAGUACCUAUGUCCAGAUUGUGGCUAUAAGUGCAAGUGGGUGAACCAGCUGAAAUAUCACAUGACCAAGCACACAGGUGCCAAGCCAUACGCGUGUGAAGAGUGUGAGUACCGCACAAACCGGGCAGAUGCCCUGCGUGUGCACCGCGAGACCCGCCAUUGCGACAACCGCGCAUUCAUCUGUGAGAAGUGUGGCAAGGGCUUCAAGACACGCUUCCUGCUGCGCACGCACCUACGCCGCCACAGCAACACCCGGCCCUAUGUGUGCCGUCUCUGCCGGCGUGCAUUUCGCUGGCCCGCGGGACUCCGGCACCACUUCCUCACACACUUGGAGUGCCAGCCCUUCUUCUGCCGCCACUGUUCCUACCGGGCCCGCCAGCGAUUCCAGGUGGUCAAGCAUCUCCGCCGGCACCACCCAGAGCAGCCCUCAGAGGAGGGUGUGGGCCAGGACCCGGGGCCACACUCGGUGUCACUGCAUGAGGCCCGGCUGGGCGAGGAGGAACAGGAAGGUGGUUCAGGGGAGGAACGGGAACUGGAGGUUGGGCUAAGGGGGGAACUGGAACUGGAGGUUGGGCCAAGGGAGGAACAGGAGGAUAGAACCGUGGAGGAACGGGAAUAGAAGGGUGAGUCAAGGGAGGAACAGGAGCCGGAAGAUUGACAGAGAUUAGAGCAGGAGUAGGCCUUGGACUCAUGAGUGCCCCAGCUCUCGCCCUGAACUCUCGCAGUCUCACACCGGUAACAACAGCAAGCUGCAGAGUGGCCUACUCUGUGUGGGAGCCUUAAUGUUAAAGUUGUGACGUUUAUCACACAGCUGCAAUAUUAAGAUACAAUAUUGUUAAGACAUAAACAUUUGUAUCUUAUUAUUAUUUGUAUCUUUUGAUUCUUUGCCUUGAACCAUGCGACACGAUGUGACCAACACUGUAUAGCCAAAACCAAACUUCACGCGUGGGUCUGUGUGUUGUGUAUGUGACACCUCCCCUGCAAGUUCCUCACUCUGUUUCGUUUAUUCACUUUGAGGCCAUUGACGAGCUUUGGCCCACCAGACAAAUGACAGUCAGCAGCUGCAGCACGAAGCUGGUGUCAGAGAAACUGGAAAACUGAUAGUUUUUCUGAAAUUUACAUUUGUUUAGCAGACACUGUUGUCCAAAGCAAUAUAUAAGUGAGGCAGAAAGUACAAGUAAACCAGUUGAUUGGCCAGUUAUUAGCCCUAACAUCAGGUGCUAUUUAGAUGGCACUGCAGGCACACAACUUUUUGAUCUGUGUAACGUUAGCAAACAGGGAGGUUUGGACACAAAAGCUUUUUCCUUCUAUAUCAACCGUAAUUUUGUUUCCUGUCCUGUUGUCUUCUGGUUUUUAUUCACUAUCCAUUUACACUACAACGUGGAAGGAGGUUCCACUGAUGUUGGUUAAUCUUUUUAAGCACUUUGGAGUCGACAUGUUUAGAAGGCACUGUAUAUAACAAACUGAAUUUGUGAACAGAAUCAUGCCAAAAAAACCUGUGGCACAAAGUACAUAUGUACAGAAUCAAGAUUAUGUGUAUUAAUAUUUCUUAUAAAUGUAAUUAAGAAACAUACUAAUAAGUGAUACACUGCCUCUUUCUUUACUGCUCAGCCACUUUAGGGGCAGCGUGUGACUUGGUGGGCUGACAUCUGAAGGUCACCAGUUCAAGCCCAGUCUCCGCAUGUCUGUGGGUCCUUGAGCAAGGCCCUUAUCCCCCAGCUCCCUGGGGGGCACAACAGGUGGCUACACUUUGUGGCUAGCUUGCUCUCACCUACAGACUGCAAGCUGGGGGAGGGAUAAAGAGAAUUUCCCUAUGGGGAUCAAUAAAGCAUUUGUUGUUAUUUUUUUU